AUGAGUUCUAAUUUAUAUAAUAUAAAGGAAUUAAACAAAGACACGAUUUUAUUAAAAACAAGAAAAUUAAAACAGUUAUGUGAGAGUGCAGAAAAUAUAAAUAGCCAACAUGUAAAUUGUUUAAUUGAAAUAUUAAAUUACUUGUUUGAAAAAUAUGAUGACUGUUUUUCAUCGUCAGUAGUAUGGGAGGUCGUCGAUAAAAUUAUUAUAUUAGAAAAUAGAAUUGAAGAAAGAAAAAACAUCAAUGUCGAUUUAGACACAUCGAUAAAAUUCUGUGAAUAUAUUUUUAGUAAAUUAAUAUUGUAUACAAAUUAUCAAAAUGAUAAUUUGACAACAUUCUUUAGUUUUAAUUGUCUAAGAAGACAUUUGUGUUCCUUAAUUAGUUCAUUUUUAAAUUUUAACAAUUCUAGCAUGAGAAAAAAAAUAGAAUCUUCUUUCACAAAUGAAUUAAUGAGCGUAACCAAGAAAAUGUUUGAAACCAUCAAAAUUGAAAAUGAUAUAGAAUUGAAAGUAUCAUAUACAGAAUUUUUGUGGAGAUCUUUUAGAAGAAUAGAUACUAGUACAUUUAAUUUAAAGAAUUUUCGUAUAAGUUUAGAAUCUGUUGAAAAAUUAAGAAACUUUAAAAUUAUUAAAUUUGAUGAAGAAUGUAUAAAUUGGUUGAAGGAAGAAUAUUAUAUUGACAACAAAAUUGUCAUGGAAAAUGGUACCUUUGUUAUAAAUACCAACAACAAAUCAGUUACAAAAAGUUAUCUGCUUUGUUAUGUCGGGAGGUGUUCCAUAUUCUUGUAUUAUGAUAAUGAAGAGGAAAAUGAAAAGUGUAAAAUAGAAAUUCCUUACUAUCAUAUAACAUCCAUUAAUAUCAAAAAUAAAAAUCUUUUAGAAUUAGAAUGUAAAGCUAUAGUUGAUCAAACAAAUAUAUUUUAUCUAUGGGGUGAGGACAUUAAAAAUUCCAUUGAUCAUGAGAUAAUUAGCAAAUUUAAAUUGUCUUUGGAUAUAAAAAGGGGCUCCAAAGAAAUCAAAAAUUUAUUGACUAAACUUAUGGACACAUUAAACAUAAAAUUGAAGAACGAAAAAAAGAAGCGUGAACAAAUUAUUCUCAAAUCAAUUAAAUAUAAUAAAAAAUACAAUGAUGAUCAAAAUCAUCGAACAGACGAUCAGGAGGACGACAAAUCGUUUGAUAAAAUUAAUGAACCCUUAAAUUAUUUCAAUGACAUUUCUCUUGAAAGAAAUAUAAGCGAAAAAAAUAUAAAAAACAAGUCAAGAAAAAGAGCAGAAAUUCUAAAGCAGGAAGAAGAAAAAAAGAGAAAAAAUAUAUGUAAUGAGGAAAUAGUAAAAUAUAAUAAAUCCAUAGAAGACAUAAAUUAUAUAAACGAAUAUGCUAAUAAAAAGGAUACUAAAAUAUAUACAGAAGAUGAUAAAUUUAGAAUGAUAAAAAAUCAAAUGUGUGCGGAAAAGGACAGCGACACCGAAAUGAUAAUUGAAAAAAUAAUUUCUUGCCACAAAGAAAAAAAAGAAAAGUUUAAAAUAAAUUUGAAGAAGAGCUUUUCUGAAUCCCUCAACGAAAUCGACAACAUGAUAAAAAGCUUGAUAGAGAAGCAGAAAAUUCGAAGGGAAGAAUUAAAUAAAAAAUAUGCAAAGAAAAAAAAAAGUAUAAUUUUUAACACAGAAAAAGAAAUAAACCUGUUAUGCAAAGAAAUGAACAUACUCAUUGAAAGUAUGAGAAAAAUUAAUGUUAAUAAAAGUGAUGUAAAAAAAAUAUAUGAUGAAGGCAAGUCCAUAUUUUCGACGAAUGAAAUAUUAAAUAAAAGUCAAAUUUUUAUGAAGAAAAUAAAAGAUAACUUAGAAAAAAUGAAUACAGAUAUUAUAGGAAAGGAAAAGGAAUACAAUAAAAGAAAAAAAUUAUGUUUCAAAGCUUUAGCAACUGCUUAUGAAUAA